CGCGUGCGCGCGUUAUCUCGGGCCGACCUUAGUGGCCGGGUUCCCUCGGCUCCAGGCCCCCGCCCCCCGCCGCCCUCUCUCGGCCCCCAGCCAACCGGUCCCCUCCCUCUCCUCGCGGAAUGGGGCCGGUGCUACUUGGGGUCGCGCGCCCGGGACCCGGCUCGCGCUCGGUCUCGCGCUGUCAGCUACUGCCCGGCUCGCGCCGCCUCGCGCUCUCCCUCAGUCAGUGGCGCCGGAGGCUCCGUUAAGCGGCGACCGUGGUUCCUGUUUCCGUUUCUUCCUCUCCCUUCGGUCGGGAGUAGCAUCCUCCACCCAGCCACCCCUCCCACUCCCCCAGCGCUGGGCAGCUGCGGCUGAGGGCUGUGGCGGCGGCGGCGACGGGAAACGGCGGAGACCCUCGCUCCCGCCUCGGCUAAUAAUUUUUGUGACCCAGAUUUAAGCAAUAAUAUAUUCACCUGGAUUUCCGUGGUUUCAUGAAUGUCUUCUCUUCUUGGGAAAGGAAGCAUGUAGAGUCCAUGAAGCACAGGACAGUAAAGCUUCCUACUCCUAUCACCACAAGGAUCUCUUUCAAAGAUUCACCACAGGACUACCAGAGAGACUAAUUUGAAGCAUCAUGUGUUGAAACAACAGAAGUCUUUUCACCUGUUCACUUACUAGAAACAGUUACAAUGUUUUCAAUUCUUUGAGCUCCAGGAAGCCAGGGAAGUGAGUUGAAAAUCUGAAAAUGCGGCCAUGGACUGGUUCCUGGCGUUGGAUUAUGCUCAUUCUUUUUGCCUGGGGAACCUUGCUAUUUUAUAUAGGUGGUCACUUGGUUCGCGAUAAUGACCACCCUGAUCACUCUAGCCGAGAACUGUCCAAGAUUCUGGCAAAGCUUGAACGCUUAAAACAGCAGAAUGAAGACUUGAGGCGAAUGGCUGAAUCUCUCCGGAUACCAGAAGGCCCGAUUGAUCAGGGACCAGCCACAGGAAGGGUACAUAUUUUAGAAGAGCAGCUUGCUAAAGCCAAAGAACAGAUUGAAAAUUAUAAGAAACAGACCAGAAAUGGUCUAGGAAAAGAUCAUGAAAUACUAAGAAGGAGAAUUGAAAAUGGAGCUAAAGAACUCUGGUUUUUUCUACAGAGUGAAUUAAAGAAAUUAAAAAGUUUAGAAGGAAAUGAACUCCAAAGACAUGCAGAUGAAUUUCUUUCCGAUUUAGGACAUCAUGAAAGGUCUAUAAUGACAGAUCUAUACUACCUCAGUCAAACAGAUGGAGCAGGUGAUUGGCGGAAAAAAGAGGCCGAAGAUCUGACAGAGCUGGUCCAGCGGAGAAUAACCUAUCUCCAGAAUCCCAAGGACUGUAGCAAAGCCAAAAAACUGGUGUGUAACAUAAACAAAGGCUGUGGCUAUGGUUGUCAACUCCAUCAUGUGGUCUACUGCUUCAUGAUUGCAUAUGGCACCCAACGGACACUCAUCUUGGAAUCUCAGAAUUGGCGCUAUGCUACUGGUGGAUGGGAGACUGUGUUUAGACCUGUAAGUGAGACAUGCACAGACAGAUCUGGUGUCUCCACUGGACACUGGUCAGGUGAAGUGAAGGACAAAGUUGUUCAAGUGGUGGAGCUCCCCAUUGUAGACAGUCUUCAUCCACGUCCUCCUUAUUUACCCUUGGCUGUACCAGAAGACCUUGCAGAUCGACUCCUAAGAGUGCAUGGUGAUCCUGCAGUGUGGUGGGUGUCUCAAUUUGUCAAAUAUUUGAUCCGCCCGCAACCUUGGUUGGAAAAGGAAAUAGAAGAGGCCACCAAGAAGCUUGGCUUCAAACAUCCAGUUAUUGGAGUCCAUGUCAGACGCACAGACAAAGUGGGAACAGAAGCAGCCUUCCAUCCCAUUGAGGAGUACAUGGUGCAUGUUGAAGAACAUUUUCAGCUUCUCGCACGCAGAAUGCAAGUGGAUAAAAAAAGAGUAUAUUUGGCCACGGAUGAUCCUUCUUUAUUAAACGAGGCAAAAACAAAGUACCCCAAUUAUGAAUUUAUUAGUGAUAACUCUAUUUCUUGGUCAGCUGGACUGCACAAUCGAUAUACAGAAAAUUCACUUCGGGGUGUGAUCCUGGAUAUACAUUUUCUCUCCCAGGCAGACUUCCUAGUGUGUACUUUUUCAUCCCAGGUCUGUCGAGUUGCUUAUGAAAUCAUGCAAACACUGCAUCCUGAUGCCUCUGCAAACUUCCAUUCUUUAGAUGACAUCUACUAUUUUGGGGGCCAGAAUGCCCACAACCAAAUUGCCAUUUAUCCUCACCAACCUCGAACUGAAGAAGAAAUCCCCAUGGAACCUGGAGAUAUCAUUGGGGUGGCUGGAAAUCAUUGGGAUGGCUAUUCUAAAGGUGUCAACAGAAAACUGGGAAGAACAGGCCUCUAUCCCUCCUACAAAGUCCGAGAGAAAAUUGAAACCGUCAAAUACCCCACAUAUCCUGAGGCUGAGAAAUAAAGCUCAGGUGUAAGAGAUGAACAACCAAACUCAGUUCAAACCAUUUCAACCAAGCAGUAGAUGAAGAAGGCCCUGACCUAACAACAUUGGUUAAAUGGUAGAUACCAUUGGCACCAAGAGCAACUAGGAACUGACAAAUGCUUCAUUGGUGGAAUUCCUCUUUAACAAGGGCUGCAGUGCCCUCAAACCCAUGCACAGUACAAUAAUGUACUCACAUAUAACAUGCAAACAGAUUGUUUUCUACUUUACCCUUCUAUAAAUAUUAUGUCCCCAUGAAACAAACACUGCCACAUUGUGUAAUUUAAGUGACACAGACAUUUUAUGUGAGACUUCAAACAUGGUGCCUAUAUCUGAGAGACCUGUGUGACUUACCAAGAAGACCUGAAUAGCUCCAUACUGUGGAGAAGUUUAUUCUUAGCCAGUGGUGGUGUUGUGACCACUGAAUUCACUCCAAUCAACAGAUUCAGAAUGAGAAUGGAUGUUUUUUUUUUCCUUUAUAAGGUUGUCUGGAUUUUUUUUUUUAAGUAAUUGCAUCAGUUCAUCCAAGUCAUCAUUAAUAAGUGAAGGAUACAUCAGAAAAUUAAAUAUUCACUCUCCAUUAGGAACUUUUGUAAAACAAUGCCAUGAACAAAUUCUUUAGUACGCAAUGUCUCUGGACAUUCUCUUUGAUAACAAAAAAUAAAUUUUAAAAAAGAAUUUUGUAAAGUUUCUAGAAUUUUGUAUCACUGGAUGGUGCRGUGAUCAGCUUUAUAGUAGAAAACUAUGAUAAAAUGGAGGUUUUUUGUUUUUCAGCUU